GUUUCUGAUUUUGCUCCGAUUCUUUUGCCUUUUACCUACCGCGGCGGCGACCGGCGAUUUCGAGGCGCGAUUGUAUACUGAGUGUGGAAUCGGCGACAAGUGUGAGUUUCAAAUAAAGAUGAAGAUUUUCGUGAAGACUCUGAGGGGCUCUCAUUUCGAGAUCGAAGUGGAACCUAAAGACACUGUGGCAGAUGCAAAGAAGCGAAUUGAGACUGUGCAUGGUUCUAAUGUGUACCCUGCUAGUCAGCAGAUGCUUAUUCAUCAAGGAACAGUUCUUGUGGAUGAUACAACCCUUGAAGAGAAUAAAGUUGCUGAAAACAGUUUUGUAGUCAUUAUGCUGAGCAAGAGUAAGGCUUCAUCGAGUGGAGCCGCAACUGCAGCUGCUGCACCGUCAAGUACAAAUCAACCUGUGAGUAAUACAUCUCCACCUACACAACCCGUAACAGCAGCUCCUUCACCAGCCCCCACUGUUGCACCCCUGCAAUCAGUUCCUGAAUCUACUCCAGCUCCAACACCCACCCCUGCUUUAUCAACUGAUGUGUAUGGUCAAGCAGCAUCAAAUCUUGUUGCUGGAACUAACUUGGAGGCCACUAUUCAACAAAUUAUUGAUAUGGGUGGUGGAAGUUGGGACAGAGAUACAGUUGUCCGUGCACUAAGGGCUGCUUAUAAUAAUCCAGAAAGAGCUAUUGAGUACCUCUAUUCAGGUAUUCCAGAGCAACCCGAAGUUCUUCCUGUGGCUCAACCUCCCGCCAGUCAACAACCUGCGAAUCCUCCAGGCCUGGCUGCACAACCGGCAGUGUCUUCUGGUGGUCCAAAUGCCAAUCCGUUGGAUCUAUUUCCUCAGGGCCUCCCGAAUUUGGGUUCAAACGCUAGUGCUGGCACAUUAGAUUUUCUUCGCAACAGUCAACAGUUUCAAUCAUUGCGAGCCAUGGUGCAAGCCAAUCCUCAAAUAUUGCAGCCUAUGCUUCAAGAACUUGCGAAGCAAAAUCCACACCUUGUGCGGAUGAUACAAGAUCAUCAAUCUGACUUCCAACAGCUAUUAAGUGAGCCUGUCGAGGGAGAGGGGAAUCUGCUAGGGCAACUAGCAGGAGAGGGUAUGGCACAGACUGUGACCAUCACAGCACAGGAGCAGGAAGCAAUUGAUCGACUUGAAGCAAUGGGUUUCAAUCGAGAUUUGGUGCUGGAAGUGUUCUUCGCGUGCAACAAGAAUGAAGAGCUCACUGCUAACUACCUAUUGGAUCACAUCCACGAAUUCGACAACUGAAACUGAAAGUGGAUGAUGAUGAUGAUGUUGAGGCUGUGCUGUGCUUAUGCUAUGCAAGAAAAAGAAGAAAUAGCAUAGCCUCCUUGGACUGAUGAUGAUUUUUUUUGAGAAACUGGUGAAUGAAAUCUGGGUUUUGUUCCUUGUCACUCUAUUGUUUUCAGUUUUUGUUUAACUAGCAUGCCAUUUGGUGAUGGAUGAAUUUGGGAAAUUUACUAAUGUCGUUGGCAAUGGCA